UCUUACAGGGAUUAUUUUAUAAUUAUUUUCUUCAAAAUCUUCAUUCAAUCGUAUAAAUAAUGUUUCAUAAUUACUGGUAACGUCGAAGUACUAAAUUAGUCCAAAAAAGAUCAUAUUUCGUGAUGUCAUUUAAUAAAACGUUUGAACGUAAAGGCGGCCACUUUCAUCGUAGCUACAAAACACCGAAUAGUAUAAAUAGCAAGACAAAGUUCAAGGAGAUGAACGCACAAAAUUCUCAGAAUAAAUAUGUCCCAGCAGGUUUAUCAGAUUCUGAAGAUGACACUGGUGAUCUACUCUUUACAAAUCCUAAACAAAAUAUUGAAGAACUGGGAGUGCCCAAUUUACACAUUAGAGUUGUUCCAUCUGUUUUUGAAUCUUGUACCUUUGAUGGAAAGCCUUUCGAUAAAGAUUUAGAUGAAGCUACAAGCCAAUGGUUUGAUAAGUUAAAAGCACUAUGGAGAUCAUGGAAAAAGUCACAGCAUGUGGAAAGGACGCUACAUUCAUUUUUCUCUUCUGCUCCAAAUCCAUAUUAUUCAGGAUUAAAAUUAUUUGUAAAUUGUGGUGAUUAUAAUGAAGCAAAACCAAACAAAUUGCCAUAUGUCAUCAUUGAGGAAUUGAAUAAUUGGAGCAAGUCAUAUUAUAAUGAGUUAAAACCAUCAUUAACAAAAGAAGUUCAAUGGAUAGCAUUCACACUUGUAAAGUCUAGCAAAGUAACAAAUGUUGUAAAAUUGUUUAAUGAAACUUUUCGAUUGUAUGAACAAAGUGACAUGUUUCUUCAAAAUAUAAAUGAAAUGCUCUCAAGAAAAGAAUAUAAAGAGGUAUGUCAGUGGGCUAUAUGUUUGAACUUGAAUGCAAAUAUUACAUAUGCGGAUUUUGUCCUUCCGCUUAUUCUUCAAGACAGACAAGACUUGGCUGAACAAUAUCUUGAUCAAAAUCCACACAUGCAAGGAAUACUUGUUAAAUUUUUGGAUGGUUUAUUAAAUAAAAAUUCUACAGUACGAACUUGCAUAGAGCCUUUUAUUAGAGAGCAUUCCAUUCCUGAAGUUAAAUAUGACAAGCUUCACCCAAAGCCUUUGAGUAAACUUAUUGCAAGAUUAUGUUCAAAAUAUUCUAUAGGACCAGAUGUUUGUCAGAAUUUGAACUUAAAGAGAAAUGAAGGAGCAUUGAAUUUUAUAGCUCAUAAAAGAUAUGUCGAAGAAUCUCUAAAUGAAGCUUCAUGGAAUGAAAUGAUGCAAGAAGCUGUUGGGCAAAAUGAAGAAAUGCAAAGAGAAUUGAUUAAUUUAAUGGUUAGGCAUGGGGAUGUGGCCGGAGCUCUCAAAUGGGCUCAGCAUUAUGCAGUCCCUUUCGAAUAUUGGCCUUACGCUUUGAAAGAAUUCAGCUCACCAACAUUUUGUGAACCUGAGGAUGAUAACUGGGAUCCUGACCCAAUUGAUAAAAAAAAUUUAAAUAUUUGUAAUACAAUUCCUCAUACUUCUAACAAAUUUCCAAUGCAUACAAAACAAAAUCAUUUUACAAAUUCAAAUGAAGUAAAUAACAUAAAAUUCCAUUGUCUAAAUAUACCUAUGGAUAAUAUUGUUCUUGUGGAUACAGAAUACCUUUUUGAGGACAUGCUACGGCAUGGGUUUGAGAAUGUGACUCGAGUUGGUUUAGAUUCAGAGUGGAAGCCAUAUUUUGGAACUAAGCCAUCAGAUGUUGCUUUGAUUCAACUCUCUACAGGAAAGAAUAUUUAUUUAUUAGAUGUUGUUGAGUUGGGUCAUGCACAUCAUUUGUGGAAGCAAUUAUCAAUACAAUUAUUUGAGAAUCAUGAGAUUUUAAAACUAGGAUAUGGUCUACGGCUGGAUUUAGAAAAAAUUCAAUCAACUCUAAAAUUGCGAAAUUCUAUAUUUUGUGGUGGUGUUGGUUGGUUGGAUUUGCAGGACCUCACAAAAGCUCUUGGGAGAAAUUCCUAUUUUAAAUAUCCAUAUUCAGGUGAGCCAGGUUGUGGUGAUGGACUUUCAGCACUGGUUCAAUUAUGUUUAGGUGCAAAUCUUGAUAAAACAAAUCAAUUUUCAAAUUGGGAACUUCGACCACUCAGGAAGGAACAAAUUUUAUAUGCAGCUUUGGAUGCACAUUGUUUGUUGGAAGUUCAUGAUGUCAUUGUAGAUGUUUGCAAUAAUUGCAAUAUAAAUUUAAUUGAAAUGUAUGAUAGAAUAACACAAAAUGUUCGAUCUCCCAAGAAACGUAAUAAGAAGAAAAAUGAUAAAAAGCAGCCAACAACCAUAAUAGAACAAGUUCCUAGUCCUUUUGCUAAUUUGCCAACACGUGGAGUAGAUGCUAUAAAGGUUGUCUGUGAUAGUAUGUUGGAGGGCUUGGCGAGAUGUUUACGGAAGUGUGGUGUUGAUGCUAUAUCAAUUGAUAAUAGUAAAGACCAUGACAUAUGUAUCAAUAUUGCUCAACAACAGCAACGAAUUAUAUUAACAAGAGGCACAGCAUUCAAUAGGUUGCAUCAAUUUGUUCCUCUCGGGUACUGCUAUAGAGUGAAAUCUGAUCCGGUUGAUGAACAAUUAAAAGAAGUAUUACAUUAUUACAACAUUGAAGUUACUGAAAACAAUAUUUUCAGCAGAUGUCAGAUAUGCAACAACAAUGAAUUCUCAAGUUUUUCCCGCAGUGAGAUGCUUAGUUUAGCGAAUAUUAACAAUGCACUUGGUAAUUCUUUUUGUGGAACUUUAGAACAACUACCCGUAAAUAGCAGAUCCUGGCAAUUAGUUCGAGGCAAUGCUUUAAAUCGAUUUACGAAAAGUGGUGCUUUAAUCCAAGCCAACCUGAUACCAUUAACAGUUCUCAAUAAUGUUUCAGUAUUUUAUGUUUGCGAAGGUUGUGGAAAGUGCUAUUGGGACGGAACCCACUUCGGCAGAGUAAUUGCAGGUAGACUCAAAAACAUUGUUAAAAAUUAAUACUGAUGGUACAAACAAUUUAAGGUGUAAAUUGACAUUUUAUUUGUUAUUGAUUUGUUUGUUAAUAAUAGUUUAUUGGGAACACCUAUAAGGAUAUAAUUUUUAAAUCGUGAUACUUGUUUAGAAAUAUGUUAGGUUAAUGAUUUUUAUAAAAUGUUAUUUUUGAUAAA